AUGGCUCCCAAGGCUCCCAGUGAAGGUCAGAAGGUCGAUCUCGGCCAGAACGCUCCCGUCAAGGAGGAGGGCCCCGGCAAGGUUGCCUCCGAGUCUCUUGCUGCUGAGUCCGCCAAGGAGGGCGGCGACUUUGCUUCCAACGAGGGCAUCCGCAGCGAGAACCAAGCUUCAUCCGGAUCCGAGAACACCAGCGCUGGCCGCACCACCAACACCUCUUCCGCCCCUAGCUCCAACACCAGAUCCGCUCAGUCUGGCUCUGCCAAGUCCAACGCCGGCACUGCCCCCAGCUACGUCGAUAACCAGUACAUCAAGGCCUCCGGCCCUCACGGCAAGAACAUCACCGAGGGCUUCGACGACUCAAAGACUGAGGAUGGCCUCAAGAAGGCUUUGAACGCUGAGCCUGGUAGCGAGAACGACCCCAGCCGAGUUGCUGAGCUCCAGUUCCAGCAGAACCAGACUGCCGCUGGCCGGGAUGCUGGUCCCAGGCAGACUGGUCUCGCCAACGAGACCUCUUUUGAUGCUCUCAACAACGAGACUUCCUCUUAA